GCCGGGGCCCCAGCAUUCACCGAACCAAUCCCCGCAGAGAGAAGACGCAAGAAAGAAACAUGCAACGACAGGCUGUAGUCUCCUGUCUGGGCUUGGUUUUCCUGGCUUCAGCAUUGGACGCCGUUCUUGACCCCAGAGGAGCUCGCCCCGUCGAGAAUGGCUACAAGCCGGAAAAUUGUGAAACCCAGAAGUCUUGGCCUUUCUGCACCGAUCUCGACUGGGGUCCUAAAUGCCCUUCUGGCUGCAGAAUCCUGGGUGUGAUGAAUAAAUUUGACCAAGAUGUGACGAAGAGGAUUGAAAAACUGCAGAACCAGCUGAGCCAAAACAAGGCCAAACACGUCUCAGCUGACCAGGUGUCCAAACAGACCUACGACAUCCUGAGAGACAAACUAGUUAUCGACGCAGGAAAUAACAACAACUACGUUGAACUGGCCCACAACCUGCGGCAGCGCAUUGUGGACUUGAAGAUUAAGAUUGACAGGCAGCUGAGGAUCCUGGCGGCCCUGAAGGACCGGGUCAAAGACCAGGUCAUUGAGAUGCAGAGGCUAGAGACGGAUAUCGAUAUAAAGCUGCGUUCCUGCAAGGGAUCCUGCAAGGGCCACACAGAGUACUCUGUUGAUAAGGAGAGCAACGUGGAACUGAGCAAACAGGUAGACCAGCUGGAGGCCUCAUCAGUCCGAAACACUGAUGUGGGCGCUCUCUACGUGAUGAAGAGCAGGCCGCUAAAGGAUGCUGUGGUGGCAACCCACUUCAAGUCCGGCCUGGCUGUUGAAACCAAAGGACCAGAGGCGCAGAGAGUGGACAUGUUCAAUGAUGUGAAGACCAUGGAGUUGGUCCUUGAGAAGGAAGGUUCCAGUGCCUUGUCACCAGCAACCAUCUCCAAGGUCCCAGGUACUUCUUUCACUUCCUCAUCUUCAUCUUCAUCUACAUCUUCCACCUCAUCAGGCCCCAGUGCCCCUCUGCCCAGCUCCAGGGUCGAGCCUGCCAAGCCCAUCACUGAGUUUGGGGGACAUCUGGGUGAUGGUUUCUUUGGUUUCAGUGGAGGUUUUGAAAACCUCCACCAGCCAAGCACAAGCCAUGUGUCAAGCAAAUCAGUCAUCUGCACCAGAAAUAUCCGAAGGUUCACUGAGUACACAAAAGAUGGCCCUGUGGAGAGGACAGAAGUGUUGUAUGAGGGAGGUCCUGAGUGCCAGCAAAUGGCAGACAACACGAAGACCACAGCAGAUUUCCAUUUGCCCCACCUCAGCGACACCCCCUCCUUCCCUUCCUCCUCCUCCUCCUCCACCUCCUCCAGCUCAUCAUCAUCCUCUUCUUUCACCUCCAAGACCAGCCACAGUGGUGGCACCAAGGGAAGCUUCCCUGAAAGCUCAAAGACCAGAUUUGUAAAUCCAUUGUUCCCAGAUACUGGGCUAGACCUUCACGCGUUUUUGACAGACGACGCUGAAGAGGAUGUUCCUGAUUUCCACGCCCGCAGUUUCAAGUUUACGCACCGCAGAGAGUGAGAAGCCGAUUAUGUAGGAAAAGAUUGCGUUGACAUCCAGCGGAAACACCUGAAUGGGGAAACAAGUGGCUUGUUUAAGGUCAAACCCGGGGGCCUGGACUAUAAAGAGGUAGUGGAGGUUUACUGCGAGCAGGAAGGAUUAAUGGGUGGGUGGCUGUUAGUCCAGCAAAGAAAGAGCGGGUAGCUGAGCUUCAACCGAACAUGGGCCGAAUACCGUGCUGGGUUUGGGUCAGUCGAUGAACAGGGCCAGGGAGAGCUGUGGCUAGGCAACCAGAACCUCCACCUGUUAACCAAUCAGGGUGAGACCAUGCUGAGGGUGGACCUGGAGGAUUGGGAAGGGGGUGUUGCUAGAGCAGAAUAUAUGAUUAAAGUUGGUUCGGAGGCUGAGGGGUUCCCCCUGCAUGUUUCACAGUACAUGGGGGAUGCUGGCGACCCUCUGAUAAAUGCAGGAGCUGGGUUAGGGUCUUCCAUGUCUCACAGCGGUAUGAAAUUCAGCACUUAUGACAAAGACAAUGAUAAAUGGGGGGACAACUGCGCAGAAAUGUACGGCGGUGGAUGGUGGUAUAAUAACUGUCAAUCAGCUAACUUAAACGGGGUUUACUACAAGGGCCAGUAUGACCCAAGCAGCAAAACUCCCUAUGAGAUCGAAAAUGGAGUCGUGUGGUUGACAUACAAACCAGCCACUUACAGCCUCAAAACAGUUAGGGUGCUCAUCGAUCCAUGGCUUUUUGACAGGAAAGAGAUGCAAGGAUGGAAAGGGAGAGAAGAGAGAUAGAAUAAAUGGGUCAAGACGAAAUUACAAUGGCGGCCGAUCUCAUCCAAGCACCUCCCAAUAUUAUAAGAGCAGACACUUUUAAUAUAUGCGGCUCCAUUAGGAAACCAAUCCCCAAACCUUGCUUAAGUGUUGUGUUGUGCUAAAACAUAUAUGGUGCAAAAUGAGCAACGUGGAAAAGGUAGAGAAAUAGAAUCCGGAAAAGGAGGGAAAACCAACCACAGAUGAUGACAACACAAAAAAAAAGAAAGAAUAAAGGAAGAAAGAGGGUGAUACCUUUGAAAUGCAAUGAGAGAUACAACGGGGUGUUGGUUCACCGCCCUGGCAUUCCCUGACCUGUUCGUAAAUCAUUACAGGAUUUCAAAACUUGGUCAAACAAUAUCAGUGUAAUGCCAUGUUUGUUUAUUUGUCGAUGCUGUCUUUAAAAUUCAGUGACCCGGUCGAUGCUCUAGAACUGUUAUCAGAGGGACCUGAACGUUCCAGGACGAUCUCCCUGUUACUCAACCAGACAAACAACCACAGUGACCUCUGUUAAAACCAUGCAGCUGUUCAGUAAAUAAAGAUUAAAUGUUCACUUCAA